CCAGCCCCGCCCCCAGCCCCGCCCCCAGCCGGGCGCGGCCGUGUCCCGUGGGGGGCGGGGCAGCGAUCGCGCGGCCAUGGCGCUGUUGGGGUACUGGGACAUCCGCGGGCUCGCCCACGCCAUCCGCCUGCUCCUGGAGUACACAGAGACGCCCUAUGAGGACAAACUCUACAGCUGUGGGGAAGCUCCCGACUAUGAUAAGAGCCAAUGGAUCAACGAGAAGGAGAAGCUGGGGCUGGACUUCCCCAACCUGCCCUACUUCAUCGAUGGCCCCACCAAGCUGACCCAGAGCAACGCCAUCCUGCGCUACAUCGCCCGCAAGCACAACAUGUGUGGUGAGACAGAGGAGGAGAUCCUGCGUGUGGACAUGCUGGAGAACCAGAUCAUGGAUUUCCGCAUGAGCCUUGUCAUGGUCUGCUACAACCCUGACUUUGAGAAGCUCAAGCCGGGCUACCUGGAGCAGCUCCCGGGGAAGCUGAAGCUCUUCUCCAACUUCCUGGGGGACAGAAAGUGGUUUGCAGGGGAGAAGCUGACCUUCGUGGACUUCCUCAUGUUCGACGUGCUGGAUCAGAACCGCAUCUUUGAGCCCAAGUGCCUGGAGCCCUUCAAGAACCUCAAGGACUUUGUGGAGCGCUUUGGGGCUCUGGAGAAGGUGGCUGCCUACUUGAAGUCCAGCCGUUUCCAGAAGAUGCCCAUCAACAACAAGAUGGCCAAGUGGGGCAACAAGAAGUUGUAGGAGCUCAGCACGGGGCUCAGAGGGUGGGGGAGUCCUAACCCAGCCCCCCCAGCACCCUCCACCCUUGAGGGGGGACAGCACCACAGGCAUGAUACCCCUCAAGGCAAUAAAUCAUUUUUAGAUGUGGCA